GGACCCGUGUUUCAUUAACGCACACAUCUAUCGGGAAUUGCACCGCAUGACCGUGGCAUUAUCUGCAUGGUGGAGUUAAGCAUUAAUAAUGUGUCUGGUCCGGUGUAACUGCAUUUUAUCAGGCGUGCAUUCCUGAUGUUGUAUCUACAAGUCAUUUGGAGUAAUUAGGUAAUAUAUAUAGAGAGAACAUGGCUGCGCCCACAGGACCGAGAGGAGCAUCCAGCCCGACCGGGUUUGAAGGCUUCCCGUUCGCGCUGGCCCCUAAAACACCGGAGGACAGCGCCGGUAAAGAGCAGGAGCAGACCGGUGCGAAGAAGAAGCCAUGCAGGGCUUGUACGGACUUUAAAUCCUGGAUGAAAGUCCAGAAAACAGAAACUACAACUCCUGUACAGGAGACCGUAGCUGCAGAGUUGGAGCCACAACAGGAGUGUCCGCUGGACCGGGGAGAGUUGGGGCGUAACACCUGGUCCUUCCUGCACACCAUGGCAGCGUAUUACCCCGAUAAACCAUCGUCGACCCAGCAGCAAGAGAUGGGGCAGUUCAUCAACCUUUUCUCCAAGUUCUUCCCCUGUGAGGAAUGUGCAGAAGACCUCCGGGGCAGAUUAAAAACCAAUCAGCCGGACACCAAGAGUCGCCACGCUCUCUCUCAGUGGUUCUGUAAUAUUCACAAUGGCGUCAACGUCCGGCUGGGAAAGCCUGAGUUCGACUGCUCCCGUGUGGAUGAGAGGUGGAAGGACGGAUGGAAAGAUGGCUCCUGUGACUGAGCAAUAAGAAAUGUGAGGACUGAGGGGAGAAAUUCUUCCUGUGCAAAACUUUGAGUGG